GUUCGCCACCUGCCAGUGGAAAAUCCCGAAGCUGAAAAUUGCUGACUUGCUGAGUGAAUCCACGGCAGUGUUCUACAGCCACAAGGAUCUUCCAAGGGAAGCAAAUUAAAAACGCAUGUUGCAACCUCUCUCGCACACCGCACCAGCUAGCGCUAGCUAGCUCCGUGCAGCAGCAGCAGCAGCAGCGAGCUGAUCAGCUGAUCGAUGGGCAUGGCCUCGCGCGAGCUCGCUCUCCUCUGCCUCUUCCUGGGGCUCCUGGCCACCCUGCCGGCGCUCGCCGUCGCCGACUGCGACUGCGAGUCCGACGCCGCCGCCACGGGCCGCGACAAGGCGCGGGCGCUGCGGCUGAAGGUCAUCGCCAUCGUCUGCAUCCUGGCCGGGAGCGCGAUCGGGGCGGGGAUACCGUCCCUGGGGCGCAGGUUCCCGGCGCUCCGGCCGGAGACGGACCUCUUCCUGGCAGUCAAGGCCUUCGCGGGCGGCGUCAUCCUCGCCACGGGGCUCGUGCACAUCCUGCCCACGGCCUUCGAGGCGCUGGGGUCCCCGUGCCUAGUGGGGCACGGGCCGUGGAGGCGGUUCCCGUUCGCCGGGAUGGUCGCCAUGCUCGCCGCCAUCGGCACGCUCAUCGUGGACACCGUCGCCACGGGGUACUUCCGCAGGACCAACGCCAAGAGAGCCGCGGCCGUGACGGACGAGCCGGCGCUUGGUGGUGGUCGCGCCGGAGACCUGGAGGCGACGUCGUCGUCCGAUGGGCACCACGCGCACGCGCACGGGAUGUCGGUGCUGGCCGCGCCGCCCGACGGCGAGGACGAGCUCGUGCGCCACCGCGUCAUCUCGCAGGUGUUGGAGCUGGGGGUGGUGGUGCACUCGCUGAUCAUCGGGAUGUCGCUGGGCGCCUCCGAUUUCCCGAGCACGGUGCGGCCGCUCGUCCCGGCGUUGACGUUCCAUCAGCUCUUCGAGGGCAUCGGCCUUGGCGGGUGCAUCGUUCAGGCCAAGUUUCGCCUCAAGUCCGUGCUGGCAAUGGGACUGCUCUUCUCCCUCACCACCCCGGUCGGCAUCGGCGUCGGCAUCGCGAUAUCCUCCGUCUACGACGAGACCAGCCCGAAGGCGCUGGUCGUGCAGGGACUCCUCGAGGCUGCCGCGGCGGGGAUACUGGUGUACAUGGCGCUCGUCGACAUCCUCGCCGAGGACUUCACCAAGGCCAGCGUGCAGAGCAGAGCGCGCCUCCAGCUCGCCCUCAACGUCUCGCUGCUGCUCGGGGCUGGCCUCAUGUCCCUGCUCGCCGUCUGGGCUUGAAGGUACAGCCGCCGGCGCGUGCCUCCAUCGGGGUCUAUAGGAGAGAUUGCCGUCACGAGGCGUCGGAUUGUUUGCUGUGCUGCUGCCUGACUCGGUGGGCAAUUAUUCAGUCAAUCACCAGCCGUUUUUUGGAGCUGCAAGUAUGUACAGAAAGAGAAAGGGAAUUAGCUUGAUGCGUUGACUGGAACGAUGCGCAGAGGAAAGGAAAUUCAUUAUACAGUACUCUCUGCGUUUCAUAAUUCUUGUCAAAAUAUUACAUGUAUCUAAACAUUUUUUAAAAAUAGAUACAUCAAUUUUUGAGCAAA